GCUCGGGGAAGAGGCGGGGGCCCGGCGGCGGGGAGGCGGCCGAGGCGCGGGGACGGCGCCGGGAGGCGGGAGCAGUCCCGCUGCAGCUGCGGCCGCGGAAGGAGGCGGUCUGGGCUCGGCUUCGCGGGCCCCCAGGCGCGGCCAGCGACGGGUCCCUACCUACGCAGGUCAGCAAAGGCUUCCUGAAGAUCCUCAAGAAAUAGAGUGCCCAGGGCCACUCUGACAGCUUGCCCUUUACUGCUCAUCCGCCCGCGGUGGGCAGGGUCCUGAGCUGGGGUUUAUGGACUCCUCCCUCGUCUUCCUUCCUCAUCCUUGCAAUAGCCCCUCGAGCCCCUUGCUGUAUCCAUCACCCCCACGUAACAGACUUCGCGUCAACGAAUAAGCUGAGUACGCUCAACUAGAAGAGAAGCAGAGACAAAGUCAUCAUGGCUUCGGUGUCUACUCAUGGAAAUCAAGAUAAAGGCCCCCAUUUGCCACCACCAAGCAAGCAGAGUCUAUUAUUUUGUCCAAAAUCAAAACUGCACAUCCACAGAGGAGAGAUUUCAAAGAUUAUCCGAGAGUGUCAAGAAGAAAGCUUCUGGAAGAGAGCUCUGCCUUUUUCUCUUGUGAGCAUGCUCGCCACCCAAGGACUAGUCCACCACGGUUAUUUAGCAUCUAAUCCAAGAUUUGGAUCAUUGCCCAAAGUUGCACUUGCGGGUAUCUUGGGAUUUGCCCUUGGAAAGGCAUCAUACAUACGAGUGUGCCAGAGUAAAUUCCAUUCCGUGGAAGAUCAGCUCCGUGGGGCUGGUUUUGGUCCAGGGCAUAACAGGCACUGCCUGCUUACCUGUGAGGAGUGCAAAAUCAAGCACGGAUUACACGAGAAGGGAAGCUCUCAGCCUUCAGCUUCUUAAACUUGUCUCUAUGGCUUUGGAAGUUCCUUAAACCUCUCUCUGAAUUUGUACACACUUAGAAUUUCAAGUGUACUUUAAAAUAACAUAUGUAUAUGGG